UUCGAUCCCGGCCCCCGCCUGUGUGGAGUUUGCAUGUUCUCCCCGUGCCUGCUUUGGUUUUCUCCAGGCUCUCUGGUUUCCUCCCACAUCCCAAAAACAUGCAACAUUAAUCGGACUCUCUAAAUUGCCCGUAGGUGAGAUUAUGAGCGCUAUUUGUCUGCAUGUGCCCUGCGAUUGCCUGCCUCCUGCCGGUUGACAGCUGGGGUUGGCUCUAGCACUCCCCGCGACCCUUGUGAGGAUAAGCGGCUAAAGAUGCAAUUAGCUAGUUAGCAUGGGCACUUUAGGGCGCCUCGUUGUUGGUCGUGAUUGCACGCACGUCACAGAAAGUAAGGAAUUUUAGGGGGAUUAUCAGCACGUGGACCGGGAUUUCGGGCGGUGUGGUUGCUUUAGAGUGCCUCGUUGUUGCAGUGUGCAAAAACGCCGCGACGACUGGGCGGGAUUCGUGUUCCAGUGUACUCUUUAAAACUGUGUGGUUCUUAACAACGGUCUUACCUAUGACGUGUCAAAUCUUGAUAUUUAGUUUUACUUAAUAGGCAUAUUUGGAUUAUCGGGUACGGUAGAUGUCCAGGUGGCAAAAGUGCUGAAAAAAAACCCACCCAAAAUUCCCGAGACAGGAGUGACGAGAGGGCUCGUGUUGAGACAGGCUUAUCGUUUCCUGGCAGACAUUUCCUCGGCGCGUAGUUAGUCGUGACCUCACGUCGAGGGAUCAUAUUUCGAGGCCACGUCGGUGACAAGUAUUAUUCAGUAGAACGAAAAAAAAAAAAGCAAGGUACGACUUUCCCCGAGCUGUGACCUUUGGACGUCGUAAAACACGUAAACGCGACACGGAGGCCAACCCGCAUGGAAGUAUUUUUGGUUUUUUUUUUUGUUUCUUUUCGUCAGAGUGAAGCGUACGAGGCAGCCGAGCGGAGCUGAACGCGGGUCAAAGGCGGGCAAAAAUAUGGGGAAAUGUUUAUUUUUGCUGGUUCUGGUGCUCUGCGUAAGUGGUACGCUCCAAAAGAAAGGUGAAAAGAAAUUAACCAAUCAAGAGCAGGCGAACAGUUCCGCGGUGGCGAUUCCGAGAACUUUCGUCGGACGACCGCUGCCGCAGACCCGCCUCUCCUCUCCGAACGGGACGGACCUUCCCGCCUUCUGGCCUGCCAGGCUGCGGUUGCUAAGCAACAGCACGGCGAGGUACCUGGACGGGCCGCUGAGCACCAAAAUCCUCCCGGCGGCCUACAUGCUGGUGGUGGCCGUGGGGGUCCCGGCCAACGUGGCCAUCCUGAGCGCGCUGGCCGCCAAAGUGCGCGCCGUGUCGUCGGCCGUCCUCUACAGCAGCCUGGCGGCCUCCGACCUCGUCCUGCUGGUCUCGCUCUUCUUCAAGGCCCACUACCAUCUCCACGGCAACCACUGGGUGCUGGGAGAAGCCGCCUGCCGGUUGGUGACGGCUUGUUUCUAUGGCAACCUCUACUGCUCGGCGCACACGCUGGCCUGCAUCAGCAUCCAGCGGUACUUGGCCGUGGCGCACCCCUUCACCUACAAGCGGCUGCCCAAGCGCCGCUACGCCGCCUGGACGGCGGCGGCCGUGUGGGGGGUGUUCGCCGCCGCCGUGGUCCCCCAGCUGCUGGUGCAGCAGAGCUUCCGGAUCCCGGAGCUGGGCCGCACCACCUGCCACGACGUGCUGCCGCUGGACUUGGGCUCGCACGUCUUCCUGCUCCGCUACAACCUCGUCCUGACCCUGGCGGGACUCCUGGGCCCGCUGGCGGUGACGGUUUUGUGCUACGGGCGGAUCAUGUGCGAGCUGCGCCGAUCGCACCUGGACUGGGCCGUCUACAUGAAGGCCGUUUCUCUGGUGUUCGCCAUCUUCCUGGUGUGCUUCACGCCCGCCGGGGUGGUGCACUUCCUCCAUUACGUGCAGCUUUUCGCGAACGGUACCGAGGGUUCCUACGCGGUCUUCAACGCGGCUGUGUGUCUGUGUUGCGUCCACGCCUGUUUGGACCCUUUCCUCUUCCUGCUCAUGUCCAAAUCUGCUGGAUCCAGGUUGUACUUCGUCACCUCUCAGCCAAAAAGGCUCAGCGUGUCCUGAGAAAUGUUGCACCUCCGUGCGGUUUGUUUUAUAACACACAUACCUCUUUGGUCAUCCUAUAAUCAUAUGAGGGUAUUAAAAAUAAUAAUAUUGUACCUGGAAAAUCCUGGCCUUUAGUGUCAGGGUCUCUCUAAUCGUGACUGGUACAAAUGCAGAGGCGGGCUCGGUCAUUUCACGGACCCCAAAAGUGGUGGUCCUGCACGUUCACAGCCGACUUCCGUCCUGCCCAAUCAAAGCGACCUCUGUCAUUCCCUUUAAAAGCGGCACAACAGAAGUGCACUGAGAUGUCUGUAUAUGCGGCGAUCUUGAUUUGCGGGUACCCUCGUCAUACGCAGAAUGAGCUGGCAUCAUAAAGUUUGUUUCAGUAUGGAUUUUUGAUCGAGUUACAUUUUUUUGGGGGGUUUCUUGAUUCCCCACGAAAGUCCCUUGGUGUUCACGAGUGUUUGCCCUUUUGAUUCAUAUUUGAAACCAUACAGUGUGAUUCUUUGUCAGUGUGUACAGUAUGAGCAGGACACUCAUGCCAAUACAUCAAAAGAACGCUGAAAUAUAUAAUUUCCGGCCUACAAGCCGCGACUUUUUUCACACGCUUUCCGGCGGUUUAUGCGGCGCUGGCGUUAGCGCACCUGGUUAUAAGCCUCCAUACGCAGAAAGAGUUUAACACUAGUGCCGCACUGACACUAGCACUGCGCUGACGCUAGCCCCACGCUAACGCUAGCGCCGCGCUGACGCUAGCCCCGCGCUAACGCUAGCGUACCGAGGCUUAUAACCAUGUGCGCUCUGUAGCCCGGAAAUUACGGUAACCGUAAAUAUAUAAACUUUUCUGUUUACAUUUUCUUUCACCUAUGUUGAAAUUUGCUAGGAAAAUUCUUGUGAAAUAUUAGCAGUGUUUUAUUCUCGCGUGUUAAUGGAGCUAAUGUACGCCUAUAAGACAGAAAGCCAUUUUACAGUAUUUGCUAUCUCCUCUGCUCUCUCAUGGAAGAGGAAUUUCCUGGACUUCCUGUGAGAGGAAGCAGCGAGACACGCCUGCAAUUGUGAAAAACCCAAAGCGGCAGGACUGCGGAUAAAAUUCACUCACGCGCUUCCACUUGUGUAACUUGGCUCUGUUUGAAUAAAGUCCGGUUUUUAA